AUGCCUGCAAACAAUGCCAAUGUGCUUGAACUCAUCUCCUUGCAGCGAGAUCACUAUCGGCCAGUUGACGGCGACGAGCAUGCAAACCCAACUCAGCAAAUAUCCAGAGGCAGUUUAAGAAAUUGGAAGGGCACCCUCUAUCUGGGUUCGAUGUCAUGUUUUGUGGUCCUCUGCGUCAAUUUGGGCUUUAUUUUCUGGGGGACACAACGCCAUUCUCCUCACGGCCAAACAGUUCUUUAUUUGGGGGAUUGUGACAAAGUGAAGCGGAUGAGUACGGGCAUGCAUUUGAUGAUUAAUAUCCUAAGUACAACCUUGCUAGCUGGGAGUAAUUUUAGCAUGCAAUGUUUAUGUGCCCCCACUAGACAGAAUUUGGAUCAUGCUCAUCAAGAAAAUCGUUGGCUCGAUAUCGGAGUUCCCAGUAUACGAAACCUCCGGAGUAUUUCCAGGUUGAGGCUAUUUCUUUGGGGCUGUCUUGUUCUUACAUCCCUCCCGUUGCACUUAUUCUACAACUCAACAAUCUUCUCAACACUGUCCGGAAACUCAUACGAAGUGUAUGUCGGAAAUUCCACGUUCACCUCUCUCAAGAGUGUUCAAGAUCUCAAUAUCUCUACUUUGGAUUUCAGUGCACCCCCUCUUGACUAUGUUCCAGAACCAUUUUCAAGAUUGGUGCAAAAGUCAGCAAAUGGUACUUUGCAGAAGUUACCCCCAGACCACUGUAUUUCUGCGUAUGCCACAUAUUACCAGACAAAAUAUGGCAGUCUGAUGCUAAUCACUGACGAUACAAAAACAACAAAUGGUGAUUCCAUCAAUUUCUAUGUCGAGCCAGUGAUGAAUACUCUCGAACGCUACCCAGCUGCGCCUUACGCAUGGAUGUGUGAUGAUCUCGUACACACUCCUCUGGCCGCGUGGAGCUGCUCCUCGCGAAUCGCUGACAUUCGAUCCAGUUCUGCUAAGUGGGUGGUGGAUGGCUACAAGGUUGACUAUUGUUUAGCCGAGGCGCUGCCCCAGACGUGUACGCUUGAGUUCAGUUUACCUUUGGCUUUGGUGGUUACUCUUGCCAACCUGAUGAAAGUAGUAGUUAUUUGUGCUACUGCGUUCCAUCUCAGGAAUCCUCCCCUUCUAACCGUUGGAGACGCAGUAGCUUCAUUUAUAAGGCAGCCUGAUGAAGCUACAAAAAGCAUGUGUUUGCUCUCAAGAGAAAUGGUAUCCACGCCACAGUCGUCCAACAAUAGCCAGUUGCAAUACGACGAGAAUCCGAAACAGUGGAGGUCAUCUUUAUCAACUCAACGAUGGGUCGCCUGUCUUUUGUCAUAUUUGUUUUCGAUGGGUGCCUGUAUCUGUCUCUUAGCCUAUGGGUUUGAGCAAAGAGAAGAAAAUGGAAUUGAGGGCAGCUGGUUUGCUGGUUUGGCAGCGAUUGAGCCUGUAACCUUCAUAAAGGGAGAUAACUGGCCACAAUCAUUAAUACCGAACAUAAUCAUCGCCAACAUCCCUCAAUUAAUCUUCUCAAUUCUCUACUUUAUGGCGAAUAGCGUGUGGACCAGUAUGACCCUGGCUGCUGAAUGGAACAGUUACUCUGUGGACCGGAAAGGUCUACGCGUCUCAACAUACUUCCAAGGCCAUCAACGAAGUACAUACUUUCUAUCUCUCCCAUACCGCUAUGCACUUCCACUCAUUGUAUCUUCCGGCCUGCUCCACUGGCUCAUAUCCCAGAGUCUCUAUGUUGUGAUCAUCAGGGCACAUGAUGUUAAUCACGCGAGAGCACCCUCUUUGGAUUCAGUGACUUGUGCCUAUUCGCCUGUCGGAACUAUCAGUGCCCUGUCAGUGGGAGCCUUUAUGUUGGCCUGUCUUGUCUGGGCGGGGUUUCGACGUUUCAAAUCAGGAAUGCCGGUUGCGGGAAGCUGUAGCCUGGCUAUUGCUGCUGCAUGUCAUUCUUACGUGGCGAAUGAUAUGGACGGUUUAGACCAUCUAGGCACGGAGUAUCAGGAAUUGAAGUGGGGAGUUGAGUCUCGCCUUCCUGAAGAGGCUGGCCACUGCACAUUUUCGUCUGGAAGGGUAAAAAGGCCGCAGCAUGGGACAGCCUAUCGGUGA